AUGCAUAGUGAGACCAUAAAGAACUAUACAAUUAAUACUGAGUACGAAUUGUAUGAGCCUCAGAGAAAGUCAAUUGAAACAAUUCUAACCUGCUUGGACAACGGAGAGUCUGGCAUGAUAGAAAGCCCGACAGGCACAGGUAAAACUCUGAGCAUUUUAGAGGCCGUUGUAGCCUGGGUGAAUAAAAAUCCAGAGAAGUUAGAAGGCGGACAGAUAUAUGUUACCACGCGCACAAUAAAGCAGGCAAGCCAGCUUAUAGCCCAUCUAAAAAAGAUGAAGAAUGCGCCUAUAAUGAACCUGCUUGCCUCCAGAAGGCACUUAUGUCUUAACAGCGAGGUUAGCAAGAGCAAUGAUAUAGAUAGCGCAUGCAAGAAAAAGAAUAAAGAUCCAAAUAAGGAGGGCAGGUGCAAGUACUACAGAACACCUAACGAGAAAGAGCAGGAACGAGAUCGCAACAUAUCGCUUCCAGGAGUCUUCUCAAUUGAGGACUUGGUUAGUGCUGGUGGCGAGUGCAACUCAUGCCCAUUCUACUACACACGGGAGAGGCAGGAAAAGGCCACGAUUAUCUUUUCCCCAUACAACUACAUUGUAAGCGAAAGAAUAUCCACAGCUCUAAAGAUAGAUUUGACUGGAAGUGUACUGAUAGUUGAUGAGGCACACAAUAUAGAUGAUGUGUGUCGGUCAACUGGCUCAGUUGAUAUAAAAAGAGCGGAUUUGGUUUCGCUAAUAUCAAGAUUAGGCACAGGAAGUGGUAUGGAAUCCCCUGAGGUAGCGAACUCAAUGAUGGAAACAGGGAAGUUUGUUAAAAAGAUUAUGAAUUAUCUAGAAGAGACCACUGAUGUUCUGAAUAAACUAGAUCCUGGCCAGUGCGUAAUAAACAGCGACAACCAGAGAGAAAUGUCAAUUCCGUCAAAGGAAAUGAUAAGUACGCUGGAAAAGAUGGGAAUAAGCAAAUUAACGAUCGACGAUACUUUUUCAUCAAUUGAGCUUCUAUUUAAGGACAUGAUACCGGAUGAUUACUUCUUCCAAUGGAUAACUCAGAUAAAAGAUGUUUUAAAAUACAUAAUGAACAAUGGAGAGAAUAAGUACGGGAUGGUUGUGUCAAGUGACAAGAUAUCCUUCCUUCUUCUGCAUGCAGCAGCUAUAUUUGACCCUAUUUAUGAAAAGGCACGGUCUGUCAUCUUGCUAUCAGGUACACUGGAGCCGUUCCAGGAGCUGGUAACUGAGCUUACCACAAAAAAGAACAGUUUUAAGCACUUCCUAAGCGCAGACCACAUCAUAUCGCAAAGCCAGCUGUACACCGCAGAAGUUUCACAAUACAACUCAGUGCCUAUAUUAGGAACCUACCAAGGAUCAAAGCAUCCAGAUUAUAUUUCAACACUGGUGAGCAGCAUUGUGGAUAUAGCGCACUCGCUGGAAAAGGUUGGAGGCGUGCUCUGCUUUGUGCCAAGCUACAACAUGCUUACACUUCUCGAACGGAAGCUAGAAAAACAUGUAAAGCUAUUUGUUGAGAAUAAAAACAAUAGCAAAUUUGAGUAUGAGCUAGAGCAAUACAGAAGGUAUUGUAAAAUGGGAAAGUGCAUAUUCCUCUGUGUGUUUAGAGGAAAGGCAAGUGAAGGCAUUAACUUCAGAGACCACGAGUCGCGCGCUGUUAUUUUGGUAGGCAUUCCAUACCCAAACAUUAGAAACCACUCUGUUAUUCUUAAGAAGCAGUACAACGAUCGGUAUCUUAGCAGCACCGGAAGCAAGUGGUAUGAGCAGCAGGCAUUUCGUGCAGUAAACCAGGCUCUUGGAAGAUGUAUUCGGCACAAGAAUGAUUGGGGUUCAAUUUUUAUGCUUGACUCAAGAUAUCGCUCUGCAGUGCGGUCGCUAAAAAUCUCAAAGUGGGCCAUUGCUAGCGUUAAUAUGAUAAUGGAUAAGACCAAGCUAAAAGAUACAUUUGCUCCAUUUGUAUUAAAUCAAAAGAAAACACCAAACGAAGAGGAAUUUGUUAAAGAAAACACUUCUUAUCCUGUCAAGAGACAAUAUCCUUCGUAUUCCUCGGGCAACUUUAAAAGAUUCUUCCAAUCUUAA